AUGAGCCAACCAACCCUUGACGGCCUCGAGACCCAUCAGUUAGAGGCCCUAUUACACCAGAGUCAAGAGCAAGCUCGCGCUGCUGAGAACCAGGCUCGCGCCAUUGAGAAUCAGCUCAAAGCUCGAUCUUCAGUUCUCACGCCAACCUUCUCAGAUUUCGACACUGUACCGGGGAAUUAUCGAGUCUCUUCCUCGGGUUCACCAGCAGCCAGCAAUGUACGCUCACGAAGCAACACAAUACCCCGCAGUGUGGGAGGUGUCGGCAUGGUCCCGACUUUGAGCCUCAACGGCAACCAUGCACCGCAACCGCCCUUGGAGCAAAGUCGCCCCAUGAAGCGCUCAAAGACCACUCAUCCCACCACGCCGGCCACUGCUGCCACCACAGUGAGAAUGGCGAGGUCCCGUUCAAGCGCAUCGGCCCAGCCCGCGUAUAGGCCGCACAACCCAUUUGCUGGAUCCGGCCCGGUUACCCCGCCGUAUCCCCGGCCUGCGCGGAACAGCCUGCCAGCUACCCACCCCAGUUCCACGAUACUGGAAACCGCCUUCAACCUCAACCAGUUGCAGCGGCCUACGGCUACUGCCUUUCUUUACGGGAAUCCCAGCUUCCAUGCCCAGCUUCCUCAACGGCCGUUGCCGAUGGGGUCAUUAGCAGAGACUGGCAUGGAGAUGAAUCCAGCUGAUUUUAUCUCCAUGUGGGACCAGGAGGAAAUGGCCAUGACAUCGCCUCUACAUACGCAGCCCAUUGGUAUCCCUACAGCCCGCCAUAUCGGCCACUUCCAAUAUCCUGGCGACUCUGGGAACCCGUCAGUGUGCGGCUCCUUAACAUCGGCACCUACUCUCGAAACCGUCCCGAUGACAAGGUCCAACAGCAAUCUAAACGACAAUAUGCCCAAUCACUUUGCCGAAAUGGUUCGCAUAGAGUCUCAGCAACCGAGUCCACGAAACCGCCGGGAAAGCUAUAGUCAACCGCAGCCCUUCACGACCUCGCUGUUGGGAAAACGGUCAGCGUCCGAUCCUGAUUUCCUGGAUGCCGACACCAAUGGGCUUCCAGUCUCGUUCAAUAGCCACCUUUACUCUGCGUCGGCACCCGCAAACACACUUUCCUUGAGCAACCAAUACCAGAUGGGGAACUUGGUACUGCAAUCAACCUCUGAAUCUCCGGCUGAAGACGACAUCGAACAAGAACUGGAUCAGCACCUGUCCAUGGAGAGAUCGGAAUCCAAGGAUAGCGAAAAGUCAAAUCAGUCCCAGUCGUUGAAGCAUCGUGCCAAGGAGGCUCUCGUCCGUCAAAACGUUAACGCCUCCAAGUCCCGACAUCUCCAGCCCAAACCUGCCACAGACGCUACCAAAAUGGAAUCUUCGGAACCUGCUGGUGUGGCUGGCAAGGACGGAAAGGCCGUCAUCACCAAGACCAAGUACGAGCGACCCAAGCACCCCAAGGUCAAGUGCCUUCAGUGCAACGAGAACCCAGAAGGCUUUAGGGGCGAGCACGAGUUGCGUCGACACACCGAAGCGAAACAUAACAUGUUGGUCAAGAAGUGGGUCUGCCGUGAUCCAGCUCUCGAUGGUAUUCCCCAUUCGGAAAAGGCCGUCAAGCCUCUUGCGGAUUGCAAGCAAUGCUCGCAGGGAAAGCAAUAUGGAGCAUACUACAACGCUGCUGCUCAUUUGCGCCGAACGCACUUCAAGGUCAAGCAGUCGCGCAAGGGUGCCAACUCCAAGGGUGCCAAGAGUGGCGCUGGCCAGGCCAGUAAAGCUGAAGAGGAGAAGCGUGGUGGAAAAGGUGGCGGUGACUGGCCUCCUAUGUCUGAGCUCAAACACUGGAUGGUGGAGAAGCUGGUUCCCAUGGACCAAGAGGGCGCCUUCAACCAAGACGGUGCUGAUUCCGACGGCGGUGUUGACCCUGAAGACACGGAGAAUGGACUCUUUGACGCUCAAUACGUUCAGGCCGGGUUCGGGCUCGCGCCCAGGACAGGUGUCUUUGAUGUAGCUGCCUUUGCCGGCGUAGGGGGAAGCUUCCAGGAUUUCGACGCGUUGAACGCCACAGCGUUCCCCAACGUGAACGGAGAACUGGGCCUACCAAGUUCAGGUCUCCUCAUGGACGCUGGCCUAUAUGUGCACCAGCCAAUCCACUCCAUGCCCAUCGCUUCGGGAUUCGAUUUUGGCACGGCUCCAGAUGCGCCGCAACAACAACAACAUGCCAUGCCACCCGCCAUGACGAGCAUCGACAAUCACAAUUACACAUCCCCUGUCUCGUCGACUACCACGAUUACCCAAGUCGGCUUAUCAGCGGAACACCAAUUUCUCAUGGCACCGGCCAUGCAAGCCUCGCAGAACGAUGUGCCGGAUAUGUCCUUCGAUCUGAUGUUUACGGCUGGCGCACAGUAA